UAGCGUUUCCUCUUAUCAUUUUUUUUUAUCUUGUAUAAGGAAUAGGGACAGCCAGCAAAUAUUUCACACGUCCAUGAUUACAGCAGUAUCUUCAAAUCAUGAUUGUCGCAUCGUUGCGUUAGUGCCUUUAAGUUCGAUUCGAGUACGAUCGUGUCGGGCGUGAUGUGCGUGUGCGUCUUUCCGCGAAGCCUUGUUCAGUGGAUUCAAUGAAUUUGACAAGUUUCGGAGAGCGGUGAAUCGCGUCGAGAGGUUAACGGCGAAAGCGAAUAGCAGACUCUUUCGUGGAAAAUCGAUUAAAUCCAGGCAGACCGUGUGGAGAGAUUCGACUACAUUCAUGUCGUCGCGUGAUCGUCGCCGUACGCUAUAGAUAGAGAGGGAGAGAGAAAGAGAUAGUGGUUUGGCCGAUGAGCGGCGGCUGUCAACUCGCAGAUCUCGCUCUACGCUCGGACAGUUCUCGGCGAUUUCUCGGAAAAUCUCGCCUCUCCUGAUCUGAAAAUAGCCGCCGCGCGCUCGUGUUGAAUGCGUGCGACACGAUUUACAACACCGUGCGACUAAGAAGAGCUUCUUAUAUGACAUCGGGCAAGGAAACAAUGGGUGAACAACCAAUCUUUACGUGCAAAGCGCACGUAUUUCACAUUGAUCCCAAGACAAAGCGGUCUUGGGUACCUGCAUCAUCAGCAGCAAUAUCAGUAUCAUUCUUUUAUGAUUCUACCAGAAGUCUGUACAGAAUAAUAUCAGUUGAAGGAACAAAGGCAGUUAUAAAUAGCACAAUUACACCAAAUAUGACUUUUACAAAAACGUCACAGAAAUUUGGCCAAUGGUCAGAUGUCAGGGCGAAUACUGUAUAUGGUUUAGGUUUUGCAUCUGAGGCUGAAUUAGGAAAGUUUAUUGAGAAAUUUCAUGAAGUGAAAGAAGCCACUAAACUAGCCAGCGCCAAGUUACAGUCGAAUAGUUCUUCAGUUACGCCAGCUACCAGUGCGAAUGUUAGCCCUAUUACGUCUCGGUCGGGUAUGCCAUCGUCGGAACAAGAUCUUAUCGAUCCGCCAAACUCUUCGAUGAUUAACUCCAAUGUGUCGGCAUCGAACAACCCGAAUCCGAAUGCCAAUAUGAUAUCCGCUCAGAACAGUGUAUCUUCGGUAAGCAGCAGUCCUUUACCUGGUAGUUGUCAGAAUAAAGUGGACGAUGAAUUGAAAAACACAGUCCAUUCAAGAUCACAGAGUGUUUCUCAGCAGAGUACAGAAAGUCCGCAGCAUCAAGGGAAAUCGGCGCAACUGAGCUCUACACAAGGUGGACAGUCGGCUGAGAUGCAGCUCAAGUACGAGAACGAUAGGCUGAAACUUGCUCUAGCUCAGAGUUCUGCUAAUGCCAAGAAAUGGGAGAUUGAAUUGACUACCCUCAAAACCAAUAAUGCAAGAUUAACAAGUGCAUUACAAGAAUCCACAGCUAAUGUUGACGAAUGGAAGAGACAACUCCAAUUAUAUAAAGACGAAAAUGCCAAAAUAAAAGCUAAAUACGCCGAUUUGGAAGCUGGAAAAAUCGCAGAAGGAAAUAGCGAAGCCUUAAGAUUGAGAGUUGAAGCAUUGGAAAAUGAAUUGAGGACGCGAAAUGAAGAAAUCAAAGCUCUCACUAUGGCCACUAAGAGUAAAGAUUUUGUGGCUCUACAGAAGGAGAAUGCAGAACUUCGCGAUAUGUUAAAUGUAGUUCAUGAACAAUUAGAACUUGCAUUGAGUGCAAAUAAGGUUCAAAAACAAAAUUUGGAUACGUUAAAUGCCAGAUUAGCUGGUUACAUACAAGAUUUGGUAACUGUACAUCGAGAAAUCACUAAUACAUUGCAAACUUAAGUUUGCACCAUAGGAAAACCUAAGAAUGCCUUUCUUAGGUCUUUUGUAUCUACUGUAAGCACGAUGUACGAAUGGAUGACAUAGAUUAAUAAUCAAGGGAAAAGUUCCAAAAAUUAAAAAAAAAAGAAAAAAAAAUCGAAAGCAAAUUAAUCGAACAGAAAAAUUAUAGAAUACUGAGAUAGUCGUCUCUCGAAAAUAGUACACUACAGAAAAGCUCUCCGAGCGUGUAUUUAUAUUGAAUCGAUCUGAUCCGUUUAGCAUUUCUCUUUAGAAAUAAGUUUUGUGCCAUAAUCGUGCUAUUGUUAUACAGAAUAGGACACUUAACUUUACCACCUGCUUUUCUCCUUCUGAAAUUUUAUGCAUUUAUAUGCUUUAAAAAUGCUCUAUUUAGAUAUAUAGUCUUACAAAUGCAAUAUGAAUGCAAGUUACAAAUUUGCACUUGUGAUUAUUUCCAAAAAUAAUCUGUUUCCAAAGAAAGUGAUAAAGAAAUUUAGAUGAAUUUUUUUUUAUAAAUAAAAUAAGUUAUCCUAUAUAUAAGUUUUUCAUAUAAGAUAAACUCUGCUCAUCUUUUAAGAAACUGGCUAAUACUCGUCUAGAUAUUAUUUUCCUGAAAUUUACUUUGCAUAUUCUUUUUAUCCACAAUUUAUAAGACAUUAACAAUGAUAAUCUUGACAUACACAUCUUAAUAAUUUUGUAGUAAGUUACUACUUGACAUCUCAUUCUAAACAUAAUAAUAAUACAGUUAUACUGUAUAGAUACAUAUAGAAUCAUGUACAGACAUUAAAUCAACAAAAUUGAUAUAUCAGUGAUUUAAGAAACUUAUGAGAUUUUUGGAAAUGAACUUUUAAUUUUUUCUUUUGAUAACUUUUAUUUCUCCAUUUGUAUCUUCUGCUCUAACAUUGUGAAAAUGAAAUCUUACAUGUAGGAUGUUUCGUAAAAUAUGUGGAUAUCUUUAAUAGAGAUAUCUCACAGGUGAAUUCAAAAGUAAUUUUUUAAGAAAAAUCCAAAUGGGAAUUUAGUAUUUUAAGAAGUAUGGAGUUAAUCAGCAUUGUUGCAUAUUGACUAGUUACUAAUAGAUACGGGUAAUACGUAAGAGAGAAAAGGAUACAUUUGCAAACAUUGGGACGUAUUUAAAAAUUUAAAUAUUCUAUACAAUAAUAGAAAAGUUUUUUUGGUGUUUUUUAAGCAUUGAUUUUAAUAAAUGCAAUGACUUUCCUUGUGCAUGAUACUUCAAAAUUUUUCAAAUUUGCUCCAAUGCUCAAAUGUAACCCCGUUUUUCUACGGAUAAUACAGGGUGUCUAAAAAAUAUACGGUCUUAUUUAUAUUAAGAUUGUCGGACAGAUGGAAAAGAGAUUUCAUAUAAAUCUAUAUCCAAAAUUGCUUUAUAUUAAUAAAUUGCGAAAAAUUGAUCAUUGUUAGCAAAAAUUAUUCUUAUCGCUUUCAUAAUUUUUUAAAUAAGUCACUAAUUCAGAAACAAGUGCAUGUCAGUUAUUGUUUACAUAUCUGCACAAUUACAAUUUUUAAAAUACAAAACACUUGCAAUCAGCUUUUAUGUAAAUUAGUGAACAAAUGGAGUGAGAGAAUAUUUGUAUAUAUAAAUAGAAAAAAUAUGGACAAUAAGAAAAAAAUCACUUUCAAGCAAUUUAUAUAUAGAAAAGAAAAAAGAAAUGUUAGCUUUUAUAUAUUUCUUUUAUGUGCAAUUAUUUUUUCUAAUCUUGCUCAAUGCUUUAGAUUAAAUUUAAUAUUCUAUAGCGAUAUAUAAAAAUGGUACUUUUAUUUAACUUUUUUACUUUUCUACUACAAUUUGAAUUUUAGAAUAAUUUUAGAUAUAAGACGACAAUGAGACAAAUACGAAAUUUUUGACAAUUUUUAGAGAAAAUGUUUGCAUAGUGUAGUUUUUUAAACUAAUUGAACAAGAAUGUCUUCUCUGGAAUGUUAUCUAGCAAUCACUGCUUUGUUUAUAAGAUCAUCUUUGAAUGUUAUUAUGCAAAAUGUUUUUUUUCUUUUUUUUCAUGUUAAUUAUUCGUAUAAAACAUCAUAAUAUACACUACACAUUGAUAUAUGAAAUGGCAUGCUUAGUGAUAGUUUUACUUCUGUUAUAAGUUAUAUUUUGUAUUGUUUUGUGGAUUAUACAUUCGUUUUUCUCAUGAAUCCAUAUAUUUACUCAUAAUAUACAAAAAUUCAGAUAAGUGAAUACUUUAUGACAAAAUUAUUUAUAAUCAGUUUUCCGCGAUAUUAAUAUCUACAAGCAUACUCUUUUAUGAAACAUUCUAUAUAUAGUUUUUUCUGCGAUGUUGAUGGAAGAUAUUUUGGAUGGUAAAGUUAGGUGUCUCACUCUGUAAAGUAUUAUAAAAAUGCACACUUUUAUUGUUGAAUUUGCCGUAUGUGAGAAUCAUUCUUAUGUAUAAAAUUUAAAACGGCGACUGUCCGAGUGCGUAUUUGUGAGAGAAAUGUUUUCGUAAAAGCGUUCCUGCAAAUCCAUUUAAAUGAAAAAAAGACAAAAAAGAAAAUGGUAUUCUUCCAACAAAGACUCUCGAUAUUACGAAUAUAAUAUCCGCUUCUUUAAAUACAUUAUCUAAUAUUGAAGCAUCAUCCGCCUCUCACAAUUAUUGCGUUUCAACUAACAUGAUAUAUAGAAAGAAUAACCCCUCUAGCAUCACACGCACUUUCUCCUGAUUGCAAAUUCUUUGGCUUAAGUGGAAGAAAUAUUAAAGAGAUCAGAGAUGAAAGAAAAUGCAGUGAAUCUGAAACAUCUUGUACAUAUAUUAAUUUCAGUUCUUGAAUCCUGCAGUACUUGCGUGCGGCAUGCCAUUGUAAGAAUGAUUAUCUAUUAUGCUUGCUUAUUAAUGAUUAUUAUUAAUUUUAUAUUAUUGAAGUCGUAUUUGACCUUAGAUUAAUGUUUUCAUUUUAAAGACUUUUGCGGUGCAAUUCACAUCAAAUCUAAGACUGUAUACAGUAUGACAGUGCUGGAGGAUUUAGAGCAAUGUUAUAUUUAUCAUAAUGGAAUUAUAUAUUAUCUUGUUAUUAGAGAAUUUAUUUAUAUUUAAGAAACUAUAUAUUUAGUUCUUAUUCUGUGUAUUAAAAUACUCUAUAGGUAUCAUUUUAUCUUUUUACACUAUACAAAAAAUUGUUAUGUAUGUAUACUUCAUAUUUAAUAUGUAUAUCCAUCAUGUUUCUUUUAUUAGAACAGUUGUUACUCAAUAUCGAUUUUCAAGUUAAUCUACAUGCGGAUAAUCAACAUUUUUUAUAUGUACACUAUGCAAUGUUAUAAAAAUACUUUCAUUUUCCAUGACAUAUGUAUUGAAAUUAAUAAUUGUUGCAUGAAUCGUAACGCGCGCAUUUAUAAUUAAGUAAUUAUAUGCAUUAACGUCGAAUCUAUUGGAAAUUAUAUAAAAAUUAUGUAAAAAUUAUGUUAAUAAUUUUAAGAAACGCGGAUUUAUAUAUCUUUUUUGCAAAUUGCAUUUUAUACAAAAAUUUAUAUUGAAUGUAAAAAUGUGUUUUGUAACAUUUUCUUAUCGUAUGAAUAUUUAAAGAAUGUAUUAUUAUUAUUAUUAUUGUGGAAAGCAUUACUCUACUAUUAUUGUUAUUGUACUGCUAUUUUUACUAUUGCGAUUUUUGCUGCUAUUAACUCGCUCUUUUAUCUUAUUAUUACUGUUCCUCACAUAAAAUCUCUUUCUCUCUCUACAUCAUUUGUCAAUGUAUUUUCGUUAUACAUCAUUAUUUAAAAUUAUUGUAACUUUUCCGCGUGUUAGAGAUAUUUUACCAAUGUUACAAAUACAUUGCAUUAAUUGUGUGUGUGCGCUUGCAAAAAUGUUUAAUAGUCAAAUAUAUAAAACAUAUCAAAAACCACGAUUAGCAUAAUAUGCAUUUCUCAAAUUUAUUUUCUUUUUUAUUUCUUGAACUUAGGCACACUCUCAUAACAAAUAAUAGUUAUUACAUGAAUAUAAUUAACAAAAUCUAUACAUUUAAUAUUAGUAAUGUUUAGUAAAAAGACCCUAAUUAUAUAACAAAUCUGAUUCGAUUACAUUCGUACUAUUCUUGCAUAUAUCAUUUCUCUUUAUCAUCAAUGAUUUAUAUUGGGAUCUGGGAUGUCAGAUAUGUACUGAAUAGAAUCGUUAUCAAGGCUUUGACUAUAUAAGGUAGUUCGUUUAUUAAAGGUCUAACCAAAGAAGAUCCUAUUUAAAAAUAUAAAUUGAAAAGUAUAGACAAAAGUUUUUAAUACGAAGUUUCGUUUUCGAGAUGUUCAAAUUUAAACAAAAAAUUAAUUUCUCUAUCCCAAGCUCGCAUAGCUUAUUAAUAUAAAAAAAAAUAUUAAAAAACGCAGAAUAUGUUAUCCAUUUAGAAAAUAAAGAUGGUUUUAUAGUUCAUAUAGCUUAUUCGAAAAUUUUAAUCAUUAUUUUUUGAAUAACCCGUUAAAAAACUUUUUAAUCACACUUUAAUUUUUUAGCGAAAAUAUCGAAGCGCUAUCUUUCUGAAUUAUAAGCGACUAGAAAUAAAGAUUUUUUUGUUUUUUACAGUAAAAAAAAUUUAUAUAAUGGAAUUUUAUUUUAGAAUUUGAUUAUAAAAAUAUAGCAAUAAUAAAGUAUUAAGUUAUAAUAAUAAAAUAAUAAUAAAGUAUUAAGUUAUAAUAAUAAAAUAUAUAUAUAUAUAUAUAUAUAUAUAUAUAUAUAUAUAAUCAAAAUUUUUUUAAUAUUAGGAAAUUAAAUCUAAUGAGCUUUCUUCGACACUUUGCUAAGAGAUCAUCUUCAAAUUCGUCGGUCGUUAGGAUCAAAGUCGCGCGUAUGUAUCGCAGAAUACCUUGUAUAGUCAAAAGAUAAUAAAUAAGAUAUGUGUACGAUUUGAAGAUGUAUAUAACGUAGUUCCUUUGCUGCGCACAAUUUAGAAUCAAUGAUGAGAUUCAUUUCGAUGCAUUUGACAAAAGCUUUUCAAUAUGUAUAGUAUAUAUUGAUUUUGCUUUAUAUUAAUCUUGUUAUAAAUUCUUUUACAAUAUAUUUAUAAUAUACAUUUUAUUGUCAAAAAAACUAUGUAUUUAUUUUGCAAAAUGUAAGAAAUUCACAUUAUCAGAACAUUACUUAUGGUUAUAAUUCAGCUCGUAUAUUGGCUGUACUAUAAUUGUAUAGUACAGACGUAUAAGGGAACGAUUUGCACAAAAGAAGUCUGAAUGAUUCUCUCAAAGUGGUAAAGGUGAUAAAGGAAAAAAAAUCUAGACAAAUUUUUAGUAGAUAAUUAGAUAAGACAAGUGCAAGAGAUUUGCUAGAAAAUGCACUUUUUAUCAUACUGACAGUAUAUAUAUAAUAUAUAUACAUGUAUGUAUUGAAAAAAAUGUUGAGGAGAUGGAUUUUCAAUUUGAGGAAUUGGAAACGAAAGCCUCGCUUGCCAUAUGUAAUCUUAAUAAAACAUUUUCAGACGGCCCCA